UUUACAAAAUUUGGCUUUUGCAAAAACAAAAGUUUUUGUGGGGCUUAACAAGUUCCAUUCAGGAGAAAAACUCACGAUUUAAAAAAGAGGUGAAAUUAGGCGGUGAGUACGUGGGGGCGCGGAGGAGUGAUGGAAUUUUCAGUCCUGCUUGAGAGGGGAUGCAGCCCCUCACAUUUUCUAAAACAAAACCAAUUUCGAAAGAGGGAAAAAAGUAGCCCCAGAGUAAAAUCGUCCACAAUGAAUUUGAGCUACAGGCAGAGGAAAUCGCACCCAAUAAUAGGACCCAAUCUGAGAAAAAGGGUGGGGGUGGAGAGGUCGGGCAGAGGGAGUUGUUAACUGCCCCGGCACAAUGGAAUUAAUGAGAUUAACCAAGGCAAUUAGGCCGCCCGCCCAGCUCGGCUAGUCCGCGGCCCGGCUGCGGAAUGGAAAAGAUUACGUUAAUUUCAUUAAUUCGCAAUCCACAAUCUCUUUUUAGGCCUUGUAACCCCCUCCCCUUGGCACCUCUCCCCUCCCCCAACCCCCUUCCCCCACCCAAAGGAAAAGAGCGGCUGUUUGUCAUCUGCAUAUUACCAGGAACUAAAUCCAGGAUGACGUCGACUCAGUAUAAAACCAACAAGAAGUUCAGCUGGUCUGAGCUCCGUCCUACCCGCGGGUUGAGUUCAGCGAACGCUGUGGCUAGGGGAGGGCGGGAGGAGGGAGAGCGGACGCGGGGGGCGGGGAGGGGCGCCGGGCUGCGCGCUCGCCGGCGCUCUCUUUCGAUUUGGUCGGCAGCUGGAGGAGAGUGGACCCCCCCACCCCACUUUUAGGCUCUGUCCUCGGCGCAUUCCCGCCGUUCCCCGGUCCCGGCGCGGGGCUCAGGGAUGCCCGCCAGCAUGUUCAGCAUCGACAACAUCCUGGCCGCCCGGCCGCGCUGCAAGGACUCGGUGCUGCCAGUGGCGCCCAGCGCGGCGGCUCCCGUCGUCUUCCCGGCCCUGCACGGGGACUCGCUCUACGGCGCCAGCGGCGGCGCCUCCUCGGACUAUGGCGCCUUCUACCCGCGCCCGGUGGCCCCCGGCGGCGCUGGCCUCCAGGCCGCGGUAGGCGGCUCCCGCCUCGGCUACAACAACUACUUCUACGGGCAGCUGCACGUGCAGGCGGCGCCCGUGGGUCCGGCCUGCUGUGGGGCCGUGCCGCCCCUGGGUGCCCAGCAGUGCUCCUGCGUCCCGACGCCCCCAGGCUAUGAGGGCCCUGGCUCGGUGCUGGUGUCCCCGGUACCGCACCAGAUGCUGCCCUACAUGAACGUGGGCACGCUGUCGCGCACCGAGUUGCAGCUUCUCAACCAGCUGCACUGCCGGCGGAAGCGGCGGCACCGCACCAUCUUCACUGACGAGCAGCUCGAAGCGCUCGAGAACCUCUUCCAGGAGACCAAGUACCCGGACGUGGGCACGCGCGAGCAGCUGGCCCGGAAAGUACACCUCCGGGAGGAGAAAGUGGAGGUCUGGUUUAAGAACCGCCGCGCCAAAUGGAGGCGGCAGAAGCGGUCUUCAUCGGAGGAGUCGGAGAACGUGGAGAAGUGGAACAAGACGUCGUCCUCGAAGGCAUCGCCGGAGAAGAGGGAAGAGGAAGGUAAAAGCGAUUUGGACUCGGACAGCUGACGGCCGCGGGACACUUGCCCAUGUUACUUGCCUAACUCGAAGGACUUGCACAGACAGACGAUGCUACUUUAUUGCACACUCGCUGCCUUGCGGGAGGGGGUCGAGAAAGAGGAACGAAGAGCUGUAAAUAGUGUACAGAGCCGGGAGGGUCGGCGCCUGGGGUCGGGGCGCGCCGGGACCCACAGCCCAGCAGCUCCAGGCUGCCUGCGCCUCAUCCCUACCGUAGUAUUUAUAGUUAAAUUAAGGGUCACAGUACAAUAAAGUGAUGGCAAUGUA